AUGGCGCAGCAGCAAGAGCAGAAAGACAUCUGGUCAGCCGACCUUUACGGCGAAAAGGUGGCCCCAUUCGUUGCAACUUCAACUGAAAAGGUUCUCGAAUGGCUGGACCCCAGGCCCACUGAUGAGAUCCUCGACAUCGGCUGCGGGGAAGGCCCCUUGACAGCCCGUAUAGCUCCUCAUGUUAAACGGAUCGUGGGAGUCGACGGCUCACCCAACAUGAUCGAGCACUUCAAGAAUACCUACCCACACAUUGAGUCUCGCGUUGUCGAUUGCCGACUGCUGGAUAAAGAGUCCGACCUCACAACCGGGGGGUUUGACAAGGUGUUUUCGAACGCUGCCUUGCAUUGGAUUCUGAGAGACCCUGAAACCAGGUCCAACACAAUCAAGGGCUGUUUCGAGGCGCUUAAGCCGGGUGGUCUUCUGGUCAAUGAGUCCGGUGCUUUAGGAAAUGUGGCCGAGGUGCAUUCCGCAAUUAUCAGCGGUCUAGUCACUCAAGGUAUUCCUGUUGAGCAAGCGCGUGAAGCAUCGCCUUGGUGGUUCCCGUCGCAACAGGCUAUGAAGAACCUUGUUGAAGGAGCGGGUUUUAACUGGAUCAAGGGAGAGGUCCAACUCAGACAGACAACAUUGACUGAGCAUGAAAAGGGUGGUGUUGAAGGAUGGAUUCGUCUGUUUGGUGAGCCCUUUCUUGAACUCCUUCCGACGGCCGAGGCACGCGACGCAGCUGUCAAACACGCCGUUGAUGUUCUCGAGGCUGUUGGAAGACAGCAGCAUGAUGGUUCUUUUACUGUCAAUUACAUUCGCCUUCGCUUCGUUGCUCAGAAACCCGAGUAGGUCAAGAGAAGACCAGUUUUCCAAUAUAACAUUUCCUGCUUCACAAUCAUGAUACUUAGCUAUAUUUACUUAUGGUGUAAGACUCGGUUUCUGGUCCGGGACAAAAUUAUAUAUAUCUAAUAUUACGCACCUGUACGCGUCUGGCGUCUAUUUAAAUCCGACAGCUUGGCAUGAUGCGUGAAAGCAUCAUCUCAUUGAUCAUAACAUAGAAUUUGAUUAUAUAGCAGGGUCGAAUCAUCACCACGUCUCCCUCAGCACUCGGAACCAAAUCUUAACCAAGGCUAUUACUAUACUAUUGUUCCACAAGUAGGGAUCCUGAUUUUAAUCGUACCAUUUUCCAUGCUUGUGCUCAAAGUCCGUUCGCUCCCCACUCACUAAGGGCUAAGUAUCUGGCAAGGACGUAGCUCUGAUCAGUGUAUUUGAAGUAUAUUCUGCAAAUACUAAGGAAAAUAAGCCGUUAAUCC